AUGGGUGAACAUAUUAACAAGCUCUUUAUGAAUGCAGAUGCGAAAUAUAUGAUUUAUUGGUAUCAUGCAGACGACAAGAAUUAUCACAUUGCUGGCAGUCUUGUUCGCCUUCCCAUCUGGGGCUUACCAUUCACAUCAACAGAGCAACAACUGCUGCUGCUGCUGUCCCAAACCCAACCAGAGCCGCAGCUCUUGCCCCUGCCGUUGCCCUCCUAUUCAUAUUUAUAUCUGCAAUUGUGCCAAAUACCGCCGAACAGCCACAAAAUGGGAAUGCUGUUGCUGUUAAGAGAGCCAAACUUCUUAACUCUACUGCUCUCAUUGUUCCAAAAGGCGCACAGGAAUAACCAUCGAGCUCCCUACAGCCCCUACCAAAAUCCAUAUCCUUAUCCUGCACAACCUCAGGUCCCACAACAGUGCAUAGGACCAUGUGUGAACGGUCAGUGUCCUGCGGGAUACGUCCAUUACUCGUUACCAGCUGAGAAUUCAACUGGUCCAUCCGUGCAACGAACACGUCAGCCCAUCUUGUCGGUGGGACGAGGACGUUUUGCUUCGCGAGGAAUCCAUUUCAGAGUCCAUUACUCGUUACCAGCUGAGAAUUCAACUGGUCCAUCCGUGCAACGAACACUUCAGCCCAUUUUGUCGGUGGGACGAGGACGUUUUGCUUCGCGAGGAAUCCAUUUCAGAGUUCUUAGUGUCCAUCUGUCGCCUGUCCUUCUCACUAUAUGA